AUGGCGUUGCUAGCAACCGCGUUCAUCAACGCACAAGUGAAUCAAAAUCUGGACGACGUCUACGACAUCGUCCUCAACGUCCUCAACAUCCACCACGUCCUCCGUCUCAGCAUCCGUCACCUCCUCAGACUCGUCUUCUUCAACAUCAUCGACGACGACCUUCCCAUUCACCACACUGAUCCCCUUCCCUCGCACACCGUGGCAGCUGGACGCGACCGCCCUUACAAACUGUUCCUGUUCAUCCUCAAGUUCUUCUUCGAUUCUGUUCUCUACUUCAACGACGUCUGCUUUGACGUUGAGUUUGGAUACGCCUACAUCUGGAAAAUUAUUUCGGUACGCUUCCAAAACACAACCACACUUUGCAACAACUUCAAGCCUCCCUGUGACUUUGGUGUCUUCCGAUUCGACUACACAAGUUACGAGCGUCGUCAGCAGCGGAUCCUGUUUGAUUCUACCUCUCUCCUUGACGUCUUCAACAGUCCCCGUUUCGCCCUCAUCUACCUCCCUACCAUUCAUUCCUCCAACAUCUUCUACAACCUCGAUUCUAAGCGGCACUCCAGCCUCCUCCACAUUACCUGCCUUCACAUGAAACAUUGCAACCAAUAA